AUGAGCGCACUGCUACUGUCAUUUGGGCCCCGCACGGCGAAUAUUUGCAGGAGUCGAGCGUUGCAGAGGGCCUUUCUCAGCCGGCAGGCAGGUCAACCGGUUCACCUCCGUUAUGACAAGCUUGCCCCAGAAGAUGGGAUGGAGAGUGGCUGCCCAUUGGUGAUUCUCCAUGGUCUGUUCGGCACGAAGCGGAACUGGCUGUCUUUGUCUAAAGCGUUUAUGAAAGACUUGCACAGAUCUAUCUAUUCAUUAGAUCUACGAAACCAUGGAUCGUCCCCACAUGCUGCACCCAUGACUUAUGCACAUAUGGCGGAGGACGUGGUGCAAUUCUGCAAAGAACACUCGCUCUCUCGGGUAUCCCUUCUUGGCCAUUCAAUGGGAGGAAAAGUAGCUAUGACAGUUGCACUCGGUUCUAAUACUCCCCCAGACCUACUUGAGCAACUGAUCGUCGCCGACAUCGCGCCUUCGAAAGGAGACCUCUCCCCGACGUUCAGAAAUUAUGUCAAAGCCAUGCAGAUCAUCGAAGAGCGCAAAGUGACCUCUCGUAGAGAGGCGCAAGACAUCCUCUCGGAUUAUGAGCAGGACCCAAUGAUACGGGCUUUCCUGUUGACGAACUUGAUUGAGUCGCACGGAGUGAUGAAGUUCCGGAUACCUCUCGACAUCAUCGGCCCAAAUAUAUCGGAACUUGGCUCCUUCCCGUAUGAGCCAGGCGAGAGACAAUGGAAUGGUCCCACAUUAUUCGUCAAAGGGAACCAGAGCAAAUACAUCAACAAGAACAACAUUCCCCUUGCGAAGGAGUUCUUCCCUCGCAUGGUGCUCAAGACGCUAGAUGCUGGUCAUUGGGUUCACGCAGAGAAGCCAAACGAAUUUAAGGAGCUCGUCACCGACUUCAUCAAGAACGUGCGAGGAUAG